AUGGAGAAAACAGUGCUGUCGUUGCGGUUGUGCCCGUCGGAGGUGCGCUUCGAUGAUGUGCAGGUCGGGAUGAACUAUAGCACUGAAAUCAAGGUGCAGAACAUCGGUCGCAGCAACAAGAAGAUCCGCUUCCUGGGGCCCCAGGACCCGCAGUUCAAGUUGAACAUGAAUACAAAAGAAAUAGCAAUUGCUACUGGACUUCACGUGACAGUUACUGUGACAUAUCAGCCUGUUAAAGAAGAGGACAGUUUUGACAAAAUACAAAUUUUAGUAGGAAAAAGAAAAAUAGAAAUUCCAUUGAUUGGUAAUAGUAAAGCAAUUUGUAAGUCAAUUAACAUUGUUAACCACGGAAUAAUUCCAGGUUCAUUUGACAUAGAUUAUAAAGGGAAGUUACCUAUCACUAUACAACCAAUUAAUGGAAUUGUCGACCCCAAAUCAUCAAAGAUUAUUAAAGUUUGCAUAUGUACAGAUAAGCCCAGAAUUGUUAGUGAAUUGGCAAAAGUGAAUUUACAGGGUGGAAAAGAAACAUUUUUAAAGAUUGAAGCCUAUGUCGUUCAGCAAAUUAUUGAACUGUUAGAUAUGUGUGGGGAAAAAAGUUUGAAGUGUAUACAAUUUGGAACUGUCUUCUUUGGAACAUCAAAGAUUGAGCAUGCGAUUCUGUAUAAUAACAGUCCCGAACAUAUGAGCUGGGUAGCAGUAAUGGAGCAUGAAGCAGUUGGAGAAGAAUUGGGUACAAAUCUUCAGCAAAGAAUAGAUGGCACUUUACAUGAUUUAAGCUACAUAAGCAAAAUGAGAAACAUAGAUGUUACCACUUUUAUUGCUUGCAUUCCCAAUGAAGGAACUUUAUUACCUUAUCAAAAGACAGUAAUUACAUUUUGCUUUAGUCCAAAACUAUAUGCUAAUGGUAAGAAGCAUGAUGAUUUGUCUCACAGACAAGACUAUGCUCUGUUUUUGAGAUUUGAGGCAAUAGAAAGUAAAGAUACUUUUUUGAAACCUGAAGAAGAAAAAGUUACUGAAAGUCAUCAUUUUCACAAAGUGGAGUUAGCACUGACAGGCUCAGGACUCCCUGUCUUACUAAGUUUUAUACCAGGAAAAGUCCUUCGUUUCACACCUUGUUUUAUGGGUCAACGCUCAGAGAUUUUGUGCAGUAUACAAAAUCAUUCCAAGUCACUUCCUGUAGCAUUCAGCUUCCACAAAGUAGCUCAUUUUAAAAUUACUCCAGAGAAAGGCAAGAUAGAUGAAGAAAGUAUUCAGAAUGUACUCUUUUCAUUUGUGCCACACCAACUUGGCAUAUUUAAAGUAAAGCAAUUAAUGGAUAUACUUGGUUUUGUGGCAGAAGAUGAUUUACAAUCAGUAAAAGUGAAACCUUUUCACCAAAUACAGUUAAGUUUUACUAGUAUCUGCAAACCUACAACCAAGAGAAUUGAGAUGAAAAUCAUUCCCGGUCUAACCCCCCUGAUUACUAAUACCACUGGAGAAUACGUUGUUGAUGAAACAGGAGAGUACAAAAACUUUGCACCAGUAGCAAUGCUGAAAUCAAACUUAACAUCCAUCCAUGAUCACCGAUUAAGUGGACAGUUGAAGAAAGAUGCACUCAUUGCCUUUCCUAAUGACCGAUGUGCUAGCCUCAGGUCUGGAGAUCCACAUGUGGAAAUCAGGACAAUUUUCACAAAAGUUGCGAGAUACAAUUAUGUGGAUCCUGAUUUUGCCUAUACUAAAGAGGAAGAAAUACAAAUACGAGAAAAUAAAGACUACUAUACCAACUUCACCCUGAAAUUGGCAAAGCGUAGAAUGCAGAGGAAGUCAGAAAGGGCAUUUAAACUCUCAGAUAAUGAGAUAGAUAUUGGCAUGAAACCAGGAGGACGACUGAAGUCACCUCACCUCUCAGUUACACAAUUAUUUGAAGAGAUGACUGAACCUGUAAAAUUGCCUUUCAAGGAAAGUUCUCUACUAAGUACUCAAAAUCUGGCAGCAAAAGAAGCAGAAUCCCUGCAAGGAAAUGUUAUUAAUGUAGUUAAUCAAAGCCCGUACACUCCACAAGCAAAAGAAGAUUGUAACUUAAUUUUGACACCAAAGCAACUUCAUCAAGUAGUAAUUGGUCCAUCUGUUCUUGACUUUGGUGAUGUUUGUGUGAAUUACCUAUGUACCAAACAAGUGCAUGUUAUUAAUAAUCUGCCUCUGCAUAUUUUGGUGCGGUUAGAAAUUGAUCAAGAAGAACUAAAGAACACGAAUCCAUUGUCUUAUGUGGUUCCACCUGCAUCAAAUAUGUGCAUUCCAAUAGCAUUUGAGAAGACCACCCUGGGGAAAUUUUGGAGGUCGUUCAGUUUUACAAUAAACAACAUUCCUAGUGGAAAUAUUUUAGUAAAGGCAAUGGUAAUGCCUGUGGCUCUUGAGUUAUCUACUAAAGAAGUAGUUCUGAGACCUACUCGAGGCUUCUUGGUGAAAACAAGCUAUAGGGGGACAGUCAGACUGUAUAAUCGCCGAAACUGUGCAGCUAGAUUUAAAUGGCAACCACUGAUCUUAGAAAAUGGGAUUGCAUUUUCUAUACGUCCAGCUAAAGGUACUGUAGAAGGGUACUCAGCACUUGAUUGUGAAGUGACAUGGCAACCGAGUUACAGCUCUCCAGAAAGGGGCCAUUUCAAUCUUCAAGUAUAUAAUGGAAACACAGUGCAGCUAGACUGUGCAGUGAAGAUUGGUCCUGCCAAAGUUGUGCUAUUGGCUCAUCAUGUACACUUUGAGAAUUGCCCUCAAGGUUUAACAACAUCGAGGAAAACAGUUCUUCAAAAUGUUGGUCUACAUCAUGCUUACUUUAAGAUUUGUGAGAAAGAACUUCUGCCUUUCAUUAAGAUCACUCCAUCUCAUGGCAUUAUACCUGUAGGAGGUUUAACUCCACUCGAUAUCGCCUGUACACCAUAUUUUUCAGAGAGAUUUGAUACCAAAGCAAAGGUAAUAAUACGCCAUGGUAAUGAAUUAGACCUUAGGAUUGGUGGAUCUAUAGAUAUUGCUGACAUAGUCAUCAGUCUGAGCUUAAUAAAUUUCCAAGGUGUUUAUGUUGGCUCUACAAAGGUUAUUCCAUUUUUACUAAAUAACAAAGGUACAACACGUGCCCGAGUGGAAUUUGAUUUAUCAAACUAUAAAGAUUUUACAUUGGAAUUUAAAGACCAUGAAGUUUUCAAAGACCCCAUGCUUCCUUAUUCAUAUGCUGUGGAAUUAGAAGAAAAGACAUCAUUGGAAUGUGGACUAGCAUUUUCUCCUAAAGAAGUGGCAGCAUAUGACUUCAGUCUUCCAAUUAGUGUUAAUUUCACUGAGUCAUCAACACUCUCCUACCUUUGUUCUACAUCACAUUCUUUUGAUACUCAAUUCUCGGCUUCUUUAGUCCCGUUGAUAGCUCCACUGGUACCACCAUGUAGUGUCAAAGCAAUUGUAUUGCAGCCACCACUGAAAUUAUCCAAUACAGAAUUUUCCUUUGAAGUUCCUUUAAAUAAUAUACCAUUGGAUUUUUGUGAUGAAAACCAGAAUAAUCAGGUUCUUGAACUGACCAGCACCUCAAAACAAGAAGUAUCAUGGAUUUUGGACAUUAAUUAUGCAGGCAAAAGAGUAAAAGAUGGAACUUUUUCAUUCAGUGUACUUUCUGGUUCUCUUGGACCAGGGGAAACAACUAGCAUAUUUGUCAACUUCUGUUCAAUGUGCCCUGGAGUAUAUACGGCUGAAGUUCCUCUUCAUCUGAAGAAUGAUCCUGUUUGCUACCGAUUGUUAACUCUAACUGGAACUGUGAGAGCACCGAAGUUAACUUUUGACCCUCCAUUUGUGUUUUUGACUCCUGUUCCUUUGGGUGUAAAAACUGGGAUAGAUAUCAACAUUAUUCCCCAAAACUACUUCAGGAAAUCAGCAGUCUAUGCCCGAGUUCCAACAAUUAAGCUUUAUGAUGGUGUUAUGAUAGAUGUCCUUUCUGUGGAUUUUCCAAAUGGCAAAGAUAUUGAAGUCUCACCAGAUGGAAUAAAUACAGGACUAAUUUCUCACAUCAGUUUCAAAUCAAUGAAGCCAGUGUCUUUUUCAGCUGAUGUGCUAUUCUUGGAUGAAGAAAAUAAUUGGUUUGCCAUGCAGAUUACUGCAGUAGCAGAAAACUGCAUACUUACUAUUUAUCCAUACCUGGCAUAUCACUUUGAUGAUCAAAAAAUUAUGUUGAGGCAAGAUAAGGAGAGACAAUCUCAUUCUUCAACCAAAGGAAUACUGCAUCUCACUUGUCCCCCAAGAAUACUAUCUCCCACCAAUAGCACCAGUACAAGUACUAGUGAUUCUGAAUUACUCCAUCAAGAUUCCCUUUUCAGUAUUGAUAUGGUAUGUGAAAAUUUGUCAUUGCAAGGAAGUGAAAACCCAAAGACAGAAGAAAAUGAAUACGUAGGUGUGAAACAGGGGCAAUAUUUUUUUCCUGAUGAAGACAAAAAUGAAUAUGUAUUUUUUGAGAAGGUGGUAACUGCAGUUCAGACAUGGUUUAGUCUCUUCGGUUGGUCUCAAGGACUCAAUCCUAUUUCUGUUCCAGAGAGUAUAAGAAGGGAUGUGUCUAAAGGCGAGUUAUCCUUAACAAAUUCAACAAACAAGCAAAUCAAUGCAAAUAGUGACUUUGCCAGAUAUAAUAAAACCAUAUAUGACAUGCUAUUCUACUUGAGUGGACAGAUGCUACCCGGAGUUGCAACAACUCAGACAUUACCUAUUGAUGAUACUGAGAGAGUGAUCCACCUCCAUUGGCUACAUUCUACACUUCUCACUUUCCUCAAAACUCAAGGAGCGUGCCUUCCCUAUAUUCUUCCUGAAUUUCUACUUGAACCGGAAGAUUAUAAGAAAUGGAUUAAAAUGAAAGCUGCCAGUAAAGGGGAAUUUGAGAAUACCCAAAUACCUGAGAAGUAUACUUUGAUAGUAGAAGACUCUAAGUUUGAAGCUAUGAGUAAACGUGUCUGGACAGAUGUGUUACUUCAAACAUAUAAGGUACUUGUUCUUUCCCGGGUAGUACCAUUGAGUACCAGUAAUAUGCCUGCCAUAAACAUUCAGAAUACUCCAAAAAUCAACCCAGACUUUUCAUCUAGUAAUGUUUACUCUAAACCUGAAAGGACCCUGCUUAGUUGGAUGAAUACAAAUUAUGAGAAUACCAGAUGUAAGAUAUGGAAAAAUUGUGAUAAAGGUCUUCCUCCCCCUGAGAAAUGGAUAGUAAAUUUUGAUAAAGAUCUUUUGGAUGGCCUAGUUUUAGCAACGCAGUUGGCAGCUUACUGUCCAUUUUUGAUACCAACGCAUUUUGUAGACAUGUAUACCUCUCCACACAGUCCUGAACAGCGCUUGCACAAUUGUCUGAUUGUUGUGAAUGCUCUACGUGAAGUUGAUUUAAAUAUAGAUAUACAGGCCAUUGACAUUUGUGAUCCAAAUCCAGUUCUGAUGAUUAUGCUUUGUGUCUAUCUGUAUGAAAACCUACCACCUUACUUACCUACGAAGAUUGUUGAGUUUCCCUGUUCCCUGCAUACCACUGUCAUCAGACAGAUUCUUCUGAAAAACACAAGCCCUAAGAAUUUAGUAUAUAAUGCUAGAAUUAUAGGAUGGGAUGCGGCAGAUUUUUCAUUGCCUGAAGAAUAUCAGAGCGUUAUAACCAUUGCUUCAAGAGAUCAAGUUCAUAUUAAUGUAUCAUUUACUAGUCGCUUUAUACAUCCUGCUGAAGCUAUACUAAUGUUAAUUUCUAAAACGAAGAGUGGCAGGAGAGGUACUACAUUGACUUUUGCUCUUAAGGCUGAAGUCACUAAUUUUAAAGCCAUGGAAAUUGUGAGCUGCAAAACCCCAUGUUAUGAGUGGAAAGAAAUUACUGUGAAUGUUAAAAAUCCUUUUCAAACUGAUGCAGAAUUCAGUGUGAAUUUGGUGGAAUCCUCAACUUUUGUACACCAGACCACGCAAUUAAAUGAAUUAAAUCAAUCGAUAAGGGAAGAAAACUCUCGCUGCUCUGCUAACUCACUGAGCACUGAAAGUGAAAAUGAUGAAUUUCCUGGCAAAGGAAAUCUCUUAAAUACAUCAAUAAAAUGCAGUUUCAUGAAAGAAUUCUUCUGUCAGGUGCAUUCUAUUUAUCUAGAAUCCAAAGAGACUUCAACUCUAAGUCUUCAUUUUCUUCCAUUUAAUCUCAGUAAGCGGUAUUGUGUUAUCAUAUUCAGCAAUGAUAAGAUUGGAGAAUUUGUUUACAUUGUGGAAGGGACAAGUGCUGUUCCUUUGCCUUCCAAAUUCCUCCCAAUAAAUAAUCCAAGUAUUUUGAAUUACAACCACCCUCCUGAUGAAGAUUUAGGCAAAGAUGAUCCAAUUCUACAUUUGAAAUGUGAUCUCAAUAACAUCCUAGAAUUAGAACUCAAAGUGCCAUUGGUUAAUGAAGCCAGGGCAAAGGCCCUAGAUUUUUCAGCACAUCAGCAGAUGUCAUCUCUUGAAUAUGAACGAAGGAAAAUCACAGGAACUCUCAAUAGUAGUAGUGUACGAGCUGCAAUUGCCCUUUUAGGACUAACAAAACUUGAGACCCGUAUGCUUUUUCAUAAUGUAAAAUCUAAAUCCAUCUUGUAUACCACGGAAUUAAGCCUUCCAGAACACUUUGAUAUCCCAAAGAAUAUCUACAUUCCCUCGGCUCCACAAAGCAAACUUAAAGGAAAGCAUAUGGAAGAUGAUGAGACAAUACAACAAGCAGACUAUGCUUUACUUCCUUUAAGAUUUGUUCCUCUCACUGCUGGACGAUAUCCUUGUUAUAUUUUGCUGAGGUCGUCACAUGAUAUUCGGCUCUUUUCCAUUGAGUGUGUAGUGAAUUCAGACUGUCCAGAGGCCAAAUUUCAAUUUGAAACUCCAGCAUUUGAACCACUGACUCAGGAUAUUCCAAUAAGUAAUCAAACAAAGACUGAAUGGAAAUGCAUAGUGACUAUAGAAGGAGAUUGGUUUUAUGGACCUUCUGUUUUAUAUGUGAAAUCAGGAGAAACUGCCAAAUAUCCACUUACAUUCAAACCUAUCCUGGAAUGUGAAGUUAUUGGUACACUUAAACUACGGAAUGAAACAGAUGGUAUAGAACAAGUCUUUGAACUAAAAGGGAUCGGAAAAAAACCUCUGCCCCUGGAUCAUGCUGUGAUAGACUGUCGAGUGGGGAAAAUGACCAAGAAGCCCAUUAUUGUGCCCAAUUAUACAAAAGAUAUGCUGACAUAUAGGGUAACUUCAGAUCUUCCAAUGGUGUGGGGAUGUCCAAGGAUUACUAUAGAGCCUGAUAACAUGAUUUCUUAUGUUCUACACAUAUGUCCAUGGAAACGAGGCACAUUUAAAGGUGCAGUUUCAUUUGUUGCUGAAGACCCAAUACAGACUGAUUCAAACGAGAUGAAUAGUGAACAGUCCCUUCAUAAAUGGUUAUUGGAGGCAUCAGAAAGUCUGGAUAACAAAGGAUGUGUUUCACAUGUAAAAGUCUGGUUUUUCCUCGAAAUUAAUAGUUUCCCUGCACCACCUGUAGAUACUAUUGAAGUGACUUGUGCCACCUUGGAUACUAUUGGAAUUGAAAUAUCUAUUACUAAUCCCAAACAAAGAGAGCUCCAUUUAGAUGUGAUAUUAACAGACAUUUCCCUUAGAGGAGAGACCACGCUUGUUCUGGAUCCAAAUGAAAAAAUAACCUACGUAGUCAAAUAUUCCCCGAUGAUUAUAGGCUGUGCAAAUGAAAGUGUUGUUUUCCAGCCUCAUAUUGGUAUCGAGUUUUGGUAUUUACUGAAAUUAACUGCUGAAAGGCCAAGACCAACUACAAUGCCAGAGAUACGGUGUGACCUUGGAAAGAAAGUCCAUCAGAUUAUCCCUUUAGUUAAUUCUACACGUGAAACCCUGGAAUUGACAAUUACCAACAGUAAUCCUGUAAACUUUUUGUUGGAUCCUAACAAAAAAGCAUUACUCAUUGUACCUCCUUACUCUACUACUGAAGUGCCUGUUCACUUUUAUCCUUCUGCCCUUGGAAGAGAGAAACAGCAAGCUUCAAUUAUCUUCCAUUGUAGACAGCUUGAAGAAUGGAUAUUUCAUUUGUCUGGAAUAGGCCUCAUUCCUCUACCCUUGGAACCAGUGACCAUAUGUACAUGUAUUGGUCGGCAUUUGUCUGUAAUUAUACCUUUCAGGAACCCCACUACUGAACAUGUUCUUGUUGAUAUCCUAUUAAGAGAUAAAUUCAGCAACCGUAAGCUUCCUGCCUCUUCCAUGGAUUUCACUAUUACUAAGGAAACUGGUUUCACUUUUACUCUUAAGCAAACACAAGGAAUACCAUUACCUCCAAAAGGAAAGUUGGAUAUCCCUGUGUUAUUUGUUCCUCAUAUUAUGAAAUUAUAUGAAGCAAUGGUGAUUGUCGAGGUGGUGAGGGAAAAUGGUGAAUAUUGGCCUUAUGAUAAUGCAGAUGAAUUGGGCCCAGGUCUAGAAAGUACAACAAGAACAGAAAAUGGAGACAUCUGCAACAUUCGUUGGAAGUACCCCAUACAAGGAAUCCCAGAAGCACCACCUCCUAAAACACACCAUGCCAGCAUAAGCAGUCGAGCAAGGCAUCGAGUGGAAGAGGCAGUACAAGUACUUCUAACUGGUGUAGUUUUUGAAUCAUCAGAACAAAGAGAAUUAGUGGUGAUUCCCAAAAAAACACCUUUGGAAGAUAAUCAGAAGCAAGAACAAGUCAAUAAUGAUUUGUCUAAAGUACAUGAAUUUCAGUAUGAAAUUCAAUUUGAAUCUGAACUCAUGAAAUCUAACUUGGAAUCCUGUGUGGCAUUAUAUCUAACCAGUAAAGAACGACAUAUAGAAAAUGGGAUUAUAUCACUAGUCUUCAAUAUGGUCUUUGCACCAAAGAAACCAAUGAGAUCUGUAAUCACAUUGGCCAUUCAAUGCAGCACCGAUGGGAUAUGGAAGUUUCCAAUAACUCUGAUUGCCACUGAGCCAGAAGUGGAUGAUGUUAUCAAUAUUGAAGGUAUUGGAUUAUUCAAGGAAUCCACAGUUGCCUUUAGGCUGACAAGUCAGACACGGUACCCAGAGUCAUUCACUGCAUACUUCCUCCCAGGCAGUGAUCGGGAGUUUUUUGUAAAACCUCAGAUGGGGGAACUUCUUCCACUUCACACUGCUGGAACACUUAUCAGUGUUGGAUUCAAGCCACAAAUGUACAGCAGGAAGCAUCAGGCAACAUUAGUAAUACAGACAGAAAAUAUCUACUGGAUGUAUCAAAUCAAUGGGCUGCCACCAAACACAGCACCAUAUAAUGUACCAGCCAGAAUUGAUUGCAUUAAUAAGAACUUGAGAACCAUCCCAGUUCAUCAGCGCAACUUCCUCCAAGAAAACAUUAAACUAAUCACCACAGGGGUGUCCUCAACCAUAAAAGGUGCUCCUUUGGUCUUAAGAAAAAAAAAAUAA